AUGUCGGAGAAGUACUGCGUACAAGUAUUAAGAUUAAUCUUUGGAAGACUGGAAACGAAUGAAGUCAUUGAGUUCUGGAAGAGCAACGUAAUUUUUGUCACAAGGACAGUACUGGAAAAUAGAAAUUGUCACGACUUUUAUACCCAUUCGGAAAUGAAUUAUACUCCAGAGACAUUCUCAAUUGGAGUUCCUGGAAAUAGAGGAGUAAAUUUUGUAGGCGGCAAUGUAGAUCUCAGUGGUACAUUGAUUAUUAAGGCUCGUCUAGGGGAUGAUAUAAGAUGCAUUCCAAUUCACAACGAAGAUUUGACUUAUGAUGAUCUACUAUUGAUGAUGCAGAGAGUUUACCGUGGUAAACUUAGUAGCACAGAUGAUAUUACCAUCAAAUAUAAGGAUGAAGGUGAGUUUAGUCGACUGGUCUUUUUGGCUUUCAGAUUUGACGAUAAACUUGACUGAUUGAUGAAAACCAUUCCUUUAGGCACGACACUAAGCUUCAUUUAAUAGUUUUCCCCCUCUGUUUCAGAUGGCGAUCUAGUAACUAUUUUCGACAGUUCUGAUCUUGCCUUUGCACGAACAAUAUGCAGAAUAUUAAAGAUUACAUUGUUUGGUAAGUUAAUUAAAUUACAUUUACUUGUGGAACGUUUCUUUUUGUGAGUAUGUUCCUAACGAUGCAAAGAUGUUAUCCUUGGACUGUUUCAUUCAUUAAGUUUAAUACCUUGACACAUGUCUUGAGAUUUAACUUAGGGAUAACUAGCUAUAUCAUAAGUUGUAUUGCUUAAGUUUUUGAAACGAGCAGAGGAAUUCUCUAAAGAAAAUUAUGGAAUAUGCAAACUAGAUUUCCAAACUUGACAAAUGGCAAAUGUUUGAGGACUGCUGUCUGAAAGUUUUCAAUCUCCAGCAAGUCUUUUAUUGCUUAGUAAAAUUUAAAUGUUUGUUUCUUGGUCAAUUUCUUUUUUAAUUCUAGUUGUGGUAGAAUUCUUGUCAAUGUUAAAUCAUGAUCAUUUAAACAAUUUCCUCUGCAGUUAAUGGUGUACCUAGACCUCCUGAACACACACUGGUUGCAGAGUUUAGAAGGGAAUUGACAGAGGUUAGGGAUAGGAUUAAUUAUCUUCUGAAUAGACUGGAAGUAAAGGAUGAAAAUGAGGAGCGGAAGGGUGGGCAAGAACAGCCAAAAGAUAUACCUAGUAUGCAAGGUUUGUAAAGAAAGUCAGCUGUUUAAAAAUUUCAAGUUCUUAGAAGUAGUAUCCUGGAAAGUUUUUGGUAAUAGCAUUUGAUUGCCUCAUGAAUCUCCAAUAUGCAUUGUCAUAGUUGUAAUGAAGAGUUUGGAUUAGUUUUUUUUUUACCAUGCUCAUUAUGCUUUGAACAGGGAUCAUGAAUUGAGUUGACUUCUAACUGGCAUCUAAUUUCUCCUUACACUAUCAUCCCUGAAUCAAACAUUUAGCUCACAACAAUAAAGGAAAUGAUCACCAACUGAAAAAGCCCUUGAUUGUUAAACAAAUUCUUUUUGUCAAUUCCUUAAGAAAUCUACAGAAAACAGUAUGGAGAAUAUACAUACUGAUGUUAGGGUGUAAAGGGUUUAAGUGGACCAAUCAUAACUCUCAUUGAUUUUUUUUGUACUUACGGGUCUGGAGCUAGAAAUGAAAAUGGUGAAAGUGGACUAUUUGCUUGUUCCUAUGCAGUGUUUCCUUUUCGUGUAAAUUGUGAUGGUCAAAACAUUCUAACUAAAUCAGUAUCAGGAAAGUGGCCCGUAGUUUUAUGCUCUGUUUCUGUUUAGGUCCCCCUAAUGAAAGAACAAUUCCAGCCCAACUGCCUCCCAAACCAACCCCUGAGGUGACCAUGUUUGAUCCUCUUGCUAAGGACAAAGCACAACCGGACAGUUCGACGGGAAACAUCUCAGGACACCUGUACCCUAGCACUGCAGGCACUACUGAAGGAAUAGGUUUGUGAAAGACCAUAAAUACAGUCAUGGAGUAAACUAGAAAAACAAUCAAACUGCCAUACAAAAAUUCCAGUUGGAGAAAAAUGUGUCUGUAAUAGUUCUUUGUUUUCCUUGGUUCAAAUUGCUUGUGGUUGGCUUCAAUUUGAUGAUCUGACACCUAUCCCUCUGAUGAAGGGCUACUGCUUGUAUUAUCAGCCUUAAAACUCUUUACGAUGGCCAAUUUAUGUCUUCAACCCAGUUGAUAACACUAAAUUAUCCCAUUAUACUCUCCCACCGACGCAGCACCACAGUUUCUUUGGAAACUUACCCCCUUUAUGACACCAUUCAUGCCUUAAUUGAAGUAAAGUAAGUGUCAGUGAUAUAAAAGGGACUUGGAGUAUUGCCAACCCACUCUUGGAUGGGAUGUUAUUCCAUUGCAGAAAAGUUUUCUAGGUUUCCUUGCAAAUUCAAUGGAAUACAUAAUUUAAUUAUGUUGAAGGAGGGAGAAGUACUGUGCUGGGUAAGGUUUUCUCAGAAAACAACACAAUGGCCCUGAACAGGGAUCAAGUCUGAACCUUUCCAUCCAAAGUCAAGGGUUGUAAUUUUUAGGUCACUGCAUCUACCAGACUCCAUCCAGAGAUAGCAUUUUACUGAUGUUGUCCUUUACAGCAUAGGUUCAAUAAGGAGGGAAGAUAUUGAUAAAUUAAAACUCAAAAAUCCGAAAAAAGAUAUGACUUUUUUGCAGGUUUUAGAAGGGCAGAUGAAUAAAAUAGCUGUGUCUGAUUUACUGUUUAGAUGUUUCAGUGUUUUAUUGGGUAGAAACUGUACAGUUGCCAUGAAUAAUUUUUAAUGCCUUUUGAAUAGCAGGUUCCAAGAGCCAAGAGCCAACCUCACAAGGGUACCCUCCACAGUCCAUCCCAGCAUCACAGCAGAUGCAGGCUCCAGGGCAGCAAAACAUUACACCAUCACCUGCCAACAAAGUGGCUGGAUCAUAUGCCCAGCAAACUCAGUAUCCUCAGCAGGCUACACAAACUGGACAAAAUGCUCCGCAGUCUUAUGCCCCCACCUCCACCCAGACACAAUCUUCUUACCCAGGUAUGACAAAUUCUGUGUCAGGGUACCCGGCUAACCAACCGCUGCAGCAGCCUUAUAGUCAACCAAGUCAACAAAGUUACCCACCACAAAGUCAGACUUACUCACCGGCAGGGGCAGCACCCUACUCAACUGCAGGACAGACGCAGACACAGAGCUAUCAGGUUUAUGUACCUCAGCAGCAGCAACAGCAGCAGCAGCAGCCUGCUACACAGAAUGCUUAUGGAAGUACUCAAGGGUAUCCUACCAACCAACAAUAUUCACAGCAGCAAGGGUACAAUCAGUAUGGUUAUAACUAUCAGCAGCAGCAGCAGACAUAUCCAACAUACUGAUAUCUUUGGCCUUUAGCCAUGGAGGUGGUCUUAAUGUCAACAUUGUAAAUGAUUUUGUAGUUACAGGAUCAUUUAGGUAAUGGGGUUUGGUAGUACAUUGAAAUACAAUGUACACACUGGCUGACUUGCUAUAGGUUGAAUAGUCAACUCUUUCUGGGGUGCACACUGUCAACACUAAUCCCUCCUUUUUGUGGUUGAAAUAAGCUAAGUUUUUUUGUCAGUGAAAUGGUUGGGACUACUUUUGAUUGUCCCUUAUUUGAAGGUGUGUGCUUUAUGGGGGUGUCCAUUCAGUGAGAAGUGGCUGUCUUAGUUAAUGACAGAAACUCUAAGAAAACACAAAAUAAUUGCUGCAAAUGAGCAUGAAGGUGCAAAGUUUGAGAGGACUGAUGCACAGAUAAUGCGUAAAUUUAAAAAAAAUUUGGGUUGACCUUUAGCAAGUUUAUCCCAAUUUUUACUGAAUUUUCAUUUCUUUUUAUUGGAAGCAUAUACUGUAUUUAUUCAGCUAUGAUUUUAGUUAUAGAACACUGUAACUACUACACCUUUUUUUUCAACCUCAAGAGGCUAUGAGUAAUAAAGAAAACAAAAUUAUUUUAAAUUCUGUGUCAGCUCCUCAUAGAAAUAUUUGGAUUUGGUCUUGGGAUUGAUACCAUCACUGUGAAACUUAGAAACUGACUGAAAAUAUUGGAAAUACUUUAUGGCUUGUUGUUGUGUUUAAAAAAAAACUGAACUGUGAAAAGGGAAGGACUUAGUUUGUCACUUUGAGGUUUGUUUGUGGGCACUGACAGAAGCUCGUGAUCUAUCAGUACAAAAUUUACUUGUCAGAUUAAAUCAAAGAGUUCAUGAUUUUUUUAGUUUAAUGAUAAGACUACUUAAUAAUUUUUAACCAAACGAAAAUUUUCAAGACCCUUUGAACCUUGGGUAUAUAUAUAAAACUUAAUGAUGUUUAAAUAAUUUGUCAUUAACGUAGAGACUGAGGAAUUUGUUAACCGAUGUUAGCAAGCUACAGAACUCUUAACUAAAUCGUUGCAAAACAACUUUGAUAUGCAAAUGAAGAAGGUUUAGAUUAAGCAUUCUUUUUCUUGGUGACUUGCACAACCAAAUUUUUAAAAGUGUUGUAACUUAUUUUUGUAAAAGCCACCCAUCUGUGUGGGCUAGUCAUGAAAAAAGAAAAUCGGAAGGCAAAUGCCAAAUGCUAUGUGCUAAACGCCAUAGAAUACUCAUAAGGGUUGAAGGCAAUUGUAUCCUUGAAAAUAGACACAAGGGAUGAAGAUUGACAAUAAAAUAG